AUGGCCUCGACGAAACGAAAAGCCCCUGAGGACUCCCACUCCAACGCCAAAACCAUAUCUUUCACCGCGCGCAAUCCUCCUUGGACCUACCUCAAGCUUCAACUAAUUCACCAACCCAACACCUCCACAGCCACCAAAGCAACUCCCAUUGACCCUCUCACAGCCCGCACACAUCUAAACGCCGCCCUCUCGCAAUUCCUGGGCCUCUCCGGAACCUCAAUCCCCAUCGACAUCCUUUCCGUAACCCCCGAAACAAACCCCUCGGGAUCGCAGCCAAUCGACAAAUAUGUCUGGAUCCGCGUACCUCGCCAGGAUGCGUCUGCUGUCGUUUCCGCCGUGAGCUCGUGGAUCGGAGGAACUAGCGAGGCAGAUACCGGGGGAAGCGUGGCAUGGAGAAUCUGCGCGAAAGGUAAUUUCUUAGAUGCGCUGGUGAGAGGCGGUGGGGACGAUUUGUUUACGUCCUAG